AUGUCCGUUCCUACCAGCCCGCUCAUCUUGUUGAUAGGAUUAGCCUUCCUCUUUCCUUUCACUGUCAGUGUUAACAACAGUCGCGGCGUUACCGUCAUUCUGGACACUCCAUUCGGUACCAACGCAAAUGGUUCAAGAGCACAACUUCUGGGAAUUAUCCGUAGAUUAGCUAUGCUACAAGGUGAAACGCCUGCUAUUCAAGGCAUUCACGAGGACCGAGGCUACACUGUCCUCUCGGCAUUUUGCCGUGCUUUAGCUGUCGAACGAGCCGCUUUGAUUGGUAGCCUUCCGCAUCGCGUAACAUCCCUUUUUCAAUCCCUCACCUCUACCUUCGAUUUUCCUUACAUCACUUGGGAUGAAAUUCCCUCCGUUUUUAAACCUCCAUUUGACGCGGAGGAUAGUAGAUGUCGUUUGUUUUCAGUACGUCCGGAUAUUACUCAACCGUUAAUGGACUUUCUUAUCACCUGGAAUUGGAAGAGUUUUGCCUAUCUCUAUGGCUCCAUGGAUGCUUUCCAGCGCCUUCAAUUUAUCAGUCAGAAAAUAUCGGAUGCAGAAGUUCUUUUGGGCCGAGGUUCUUGUGGUACUUCUCCCCGAAAUUUUCAAGAAAAAGCUAAUCGUCGCGUUCUUCCUCCUAUCAUAAGUGGAUACGUAGAUGUUGAUGACGAAGAGGUUAUGCACACAACAUUGAAGUCUGUUGAUGCUUAUUUGUCUACGAAAACUGAGCGAAACGUAGUAAUUGACCUAGGAAAGCCAAAAACAAAUCAAUCAUUGUCUGGCAGGAAGCGUUUAGAGGCACUUGUGACCUGGUUUCGACGGAUGGGAAUGAUGCGGUCGGAAUACAACUACCUUUUAGUUGAUUUUGACAUAUAUGAACUCUCAUUGGAUGAGUUUCUAAGAAGUGGAGUCAACUUUACGGGGUUUCACUUUUUAGAUUACCAAGAUGAGGUAGUUCUGAAAUUUGCCGAGGAUUGGAAGGGCGUCCAGCUACCUCUUCAUAGCAUCGCUUCCAUCAUGGAUGCUCUUGAAGUGGGCUGGAGUCUAAAAAAAGCCACAGAGAAUGGCCUUUGGAAGUCAUGGGAUCCAAAUUUAAAAUCCAAGUGUUUUACUCUAUCCGGCACUUUAGUGAGUGCAUCAUUGAUUCAACAGUGGCAGCUGGGAGGUCGUGUGAAAUCGUGGUUGACAUCAACCGAGAUAGUCGGUCAAACUGGUCUCAUUCGAUUCGACGAAAGAACCUGUCAAAGAACUAAUUACAACUUACUUCUCUCUUCCGCUUUUGGAGAGAAGAGAGAUCGUAUAAUUGCCAAGUGGAGUCGUCAUUCCGGAUGGGUCUUGCCUUCCCUCUCUACUCAUCUUGGCUUCUUUCAUCAAAUCACCUUUUCUGGAUUGAAGGAAAAGAUUCUUGAGCCUCUUGAUUAUAACAAUUUGCUGGAUGUCUACCGCCUAAGGAAUAAAACGCUUCGGGUUGUCACGGUUCUAUCGAAGCCCUUCAUAAUGUUUGCAAAUCCUGAAGUUACUGGAGCUACCUCUGGAAGAGACAAUUUUGUAGGAUACUGCAAGGACCUGGCCGAUCACAUAUUCUAUCAUCUCAACCUCAACUAUGAAAUUCAUCUGGUGAAGGAUGGCAAAUUCGGAACCAUUGAUCCGGCUACCGGUGAGUGGAACGGUAUGGUGGGAGAGGUACUUCGUGAUGAAGCCGACUUAAUUAUUGCCCCACUGACUAUGAAUACCAUUCGUGCUAAAUUCAUCGACUUUUCGGAGCCUUUCAUGAACUUCGGACUCGCUCUAAUUAUCCGUAAGCCAGGUAAAACAAAACCUGGUAUGUUUAGCUUCCUCUCUCCAUUGACAAACGCUGUAUGGCUGAGAAUAGCUGGAGCCACAAUAAUAGUGAGUUUAGGGCUGCGCCUCAUCGCUGCAAUUUCACCCAAGGAACGAGCUCCAGCUAACCCUGAAUUGGGUUUUGAUUUUGGCAACUGUAUUUGGUUUUCUGUGGCCUCAUUCGUUCACCAAGGAAUUGACAUAUUUCCAGUCUCUCCAGGAGCUCGAGUAUUUGCCAGUAUAUGGAGAUACGUGUGUCUUGUAGUGAUGGCAUAUUACACGGCAAAUCUUGCUGCAGCUCUGUCCGUGGAGCGUCUAAUUUCCCCUAUUGAUUCCAUCAAAGAUUUUGCAGAGCGGGAAGAUCUGCCCAUCCAAAUCGGGACGUUGGACUCAGGAGCUACCAAAGACUUUUUCGCACAUGCAGAAGAUAGUCUAUACAAGACGGUGUUUAAGCGAAUGGAACGGGAUCCAUCAGUCUAUGUUCCCACGCUGGCAGCAGGCUUUGAGAGAGUCCGAGUAAAGCCUUACGCCUUUGUAGCAGAGUCAAAGAUGAUAGAGUACAUUAAUCAUCGGCAGCCUUGCGAUACUAUGAUGGUGGGAACUACCUUUGGAAGCAAGGCCUAUAUGCGCAUCUUGAAGGAACAUGUGACUGAUGCAAUUCUGCGUUUGAGAGAGAAUCAAGAGUUAGCAAAGCUCUACAAGGAGUGGUGGAUUGAGAAGGGAGAGUGCAUGGAGGGCGGUGAACAGCAGACGAGUGAACCGCUAGCAUUAAUAAAUCUAUCGGGCGUGUUCUAUAUACUAAUUGGUGGGAUGAUUCUUGCCAUGGCUGUCGGCGUGAUUGUCUUUGUGUUCCAGUUAAGGAAAGUCAAGCAACUGGGAAACACAUAA